AUGCUUAUCUUCACGAGUAACUGUAGCACAAUUCAGGACUGGGGUGAAGAGGUAGAAGAGGGAGCUGUUUACCAUGUCACCCUGAAAAGAGUGCAGAUUCAGCAGGCUGCCAACAAAGGAGCAAGAUGGCUAGGGGCUGAAGGGGACCAGUUACCUCCAGAACAUACUGUCAGCCAGUAUGAAACAUGCAAGAUCAGGACAAUAAAAGCUGGAACUUUGGAGAAACUUGUGGAGAACCUUCUGACAGCUUUUGGGGAUAACGAUUUUACCUACAUCAGUAUCUUUCUCUCAACGUACAGGGCCUUUGCUUCUACUAAGGAAGUACUGGAACUUCUCCUUGACAGAUAUGGAAACCUGGAGACCUCAAACUGUGAAGAAGUUGGAAGCCAGAAUUCCUCCGAAUCCAAAACAGUACUCAGGACUGCAAUAGCAUCAAUCUUACGAGCCUGGCUCGAUCAGUGCUCUGAGGAUUUCAGAGAGCCGCCCAACUACCCAUGUUUGCUGAAGUUGCUGGAUUACCUGAAGAUGAAUAUACCCGGCUCUGACCCAGAGAGGAGGGCGCAGAACCUCUUGGAGCAGUUCCAGAACCAAGAAGUGGAAAAUGAUGAUGGAUUCCAUAACACUUCCCCCUGUAACCUAUAUGAUGAAGAGGAACUGGAGAUCAGCAGUCCAGAAGAAUUCUCUUUUUUCCAAGAAGACCUUGUGGCAGAACAGUUGACAUACAUGGAUGCACAACUCUUCAAGAAAGUUGUGCCCUACCACUGUUUGGGAUGUAUCUGGUCUCGAAGGGAUAAGAAAGAAAACAAGCACCUGGCACCUACCAUCAGAGCCACCAUCUCUCAGUUCAAUGCAGUUACGAAAUGUGUUGUCAGCACUAUCCUGAAGAACAAAGAACUCAAAACACAGCACAGAGCCAAGAUCAUUGAGAAGUGGAUUCAUAUUGCACAUGAAUGUAGGAUCCUGAAGAAUUUUUCCUCCUUGAGGGCCAUCAUUUCAGCACUGCAGUCCAACUCCAUCUAUCGGCUAAAGAAGACCUGGAUAUGUGUUCCAAAGGAUGUAAUGCUGAUGUUCGAAGAGCUGUCUGAUAUCUUCUCAGACCAUGACAAUUAUUUGACAAGUAGGGAGCUGCUAAUGAAGGAAGGAACAUCCAAAUUUGCGAAUCUGGACAGCAGUGUGAAAGAAAAUCAGAAAAGGACACAGAGGCGACUGCAACUUCAAAAAGAUAUGGGAGUAAUGCAAGGCACGGUACCUUAUCUUGGUACCUUCCUCACUGAUCUCAUCAUGCUUGACACAGCCCUCCAGGACUAUAUUGAGGGUGGCCUGAUAAACUUUGAGAAGAGGCGGAGGGAAUUUGAAGUAAUUGCCCAAAUUAAGCUCUUGCAAUCUGCAUGUAACAGCUAUUGCAUGACACCAGACCAAAAAUUCAUCCAGUGGUUCAGGAGACAGCAGCAUUUAACUGAGGAGGAGAGUUACAGACUUUCACGCGAGGUUGAAGCAGCUGCUGACACUAGCACCACAUCACCGAAAUCUCGGAAAAGCAUGGUGAAGAGGUUCAGCCUACUGUUUCUAGGCUCCGAGGUGAUCGCCCAUAGCACACCCAUCAAAGAACCACCCAAAUCUGCUCCAGGUGGGAGCUCUGGUGAAAGCACGGACUCGGCCAGUGUUUCGUCAUGUGAGUUUAAUCACUCUGAAUCUGAAGAUGUCUGCAUCAGUCCCAUAGGCACGCCUGAUGAGUCUCAGAAAAAGGUCUCUGAAUCCUCCUAUUCCUCCACCCAUUCCACGGACACACCUUCCUCGGGGGUGUCAUCUUUGAACUCAUCCCCUCCCUUGCUGUCCUCCAAUGACAAGUGCUCUGUCUCCAUGACACCCGUUACCUCAGAAGUACUGCCUCCUGUUUACAACCAGCAGAACAAAGAUAUGUGCAUCAUCCGGAUCAGCAUAGAAGACAACAAUGGCAAUAUGUACAAGAGCAUCCUGCUAACUAGCCAAGACAAAGCUCCUGCUGUCAUCCAGAGAGCUAUGUUGAAGCACAACCUGGAAUCUGAUGCAGCUAAGGAUUAUGAGCUUGUACAGGUCAUCUCUGAGGACAAAGAGCUGGUGAUCCCAGGCAAUGCCAACGUGUUCUACGCCAUGAACAGCCACGUGAACUUCGAUUUCAUCCUGCGGAAAAAAGCGUCAGUCAACGGGCAGGUGAAAAUGAGGAGCCGUUGCAGUCUGACACUCCCCAGAACUGCCAAACGGGGCUGCUGGAGCAACAGGCCCAGCAAAAUUACACUGUGAGGGAGACAAGGCCACAGUGAGAACUGGGUGGUGAGAACUGUACCUUUGCUACCAUCCAGUAUUACAGAAGAUGAAUGUGUCAGUAUUGAACUUUGAAAAUAUUUGAGGCUGAAAUGCAAAGCGAGCAUUUGGUAGACCUACAGCCAGAGAUACAUGUUCCCCCUUACAGCCGGAUAUGGACAGACAAACACGGAUUUAUGGGACAGGACGGACUGGAAUUUUUUUUUGUUUUGCACAUUAGCCUAGGAAGGUGAGACCCCCAGUUAGAGGGGAAAACAGGACUGCAACGUUUGUCUUAAGAACUCCACACAAGACAACUCUUUUUGUGAGAACACAUUUUCCCUUUGUGCCAGUAUUACACAGAAGAAGAAGGUCUAAAUUUAUUUUUAUAAAACUGGAGAAGAAAAGUCUCAAUACAAUUCUGCCUGAACCAAGGAGGAGGUCCCAGCCAGCCUCCAGCUGACAGACGGGAGCCCUGGUUUGCAGAAGGUGUGGGUGAGCUGAGUGCCACUAGCAGUCGCUGCCUCCAGGAGGCAUAUGCAUUCACGAAAAAGCAGCGUGGGUACGUCCCCAAAACACUCAUCGCUGGAGACAGCAGAAACUGCAAGUGUGUGUAUUGCUUUCACACAGCUGGCAAACUUCUUUUUGCACUUGUUUCACGCCAGAAAAUUACCUAUUUUGGAUUUUUUUUCCAAAGAACUUUAAAAGAAUGGACUGCACUUGCUUUUGGAUGAAUGUCAUCGUUUGUUCAUGAACAAGGCAAACAAACACUACUUGUCUGGAAUUAGGUCUUGUCUUAGUGCCACUACAGGGUGGUUUUCCUCUUACUUUGCUAACCCAUUGAACAGAAAUCGAUGCCUUUUGCAUGUACUCUGAAAUGACUGAUGUACCUCUUUGUAAUGUGCAAUUACUCUUCAAGAGCAAAACUUUUAACUCACAUUUUCAUUCACGAGGGGCAACUACAUGACCUUUUAUUUUAAAAGUGGGUAAUGAGAGGAGAUAGUUAGCCGGGUUUUAAGCAUUACCCCAACCAACCAGAGAUUUUAUAUACUUGUAGCAUUAUUAUGCAUAAUCUACAGGCACCUCCCUUGUUCUUUAUAUACAUCUAUUAAAUGAAUUUCCUGACAUGGUACAUCCUUUCAGCUAGAAUAAAGAAUCUGGCUGGAAUAAAGAAUUUAUUCACCUGUUCUCUGUGGAACUUUAAAUAACAUACUUCUUGAGUCUCUUCCCAGAACACAGGCCUCCUUGAAAGAAUAGUUAGAGGUUUUAUUUUAAAAAGCCAUAAAUGAGACAUUGGAUUGUAAGCAGCCCUUACUGAGCAGGCUGUCUUUGAGAUACAUUAGUAUUAGUUAAAAUAAACUCAAAUACUGAAUUGUAUACAUGCCUCGGCCUUUUUUCCCCCACCAGUUCCGUAGCACUAAUUUUCAAAACUGGGCUCAGAUUACAUUAACGAUCAGUGAUAAACUCAUGCUGGAAAACAAUGUUAGGUUGUACUACGUUUUACACUACAUGAAGAUUUAUCGUCACCUCUGUUUACAAGUAGCACCAUGCAGGUCCUCGUCUGAAUAGUCCAAGAACUCCAAAUGUAUUUUUAUUGAGAGGGUGAAGAUGUUGAGUUUGUAACUGAGCCUUAACCUUUGCCCAGAGUUAGGGCAAGAUUAAAACAGAAGUUCGGUUUUCUUUGCAUUUCAGUGUUAGCAUGCAUUGAUGUCUGUAUGGUAUCAUUUGUAAAGUAUAGCAUCAAGGUUGUAUGUCUGUAUUAAGCUGAAAGUUGAAUGUUCUUGAUUUUAGAAUUACACCCUCCAAAAGGUUAUAUAUGAAAAAGAUUUUUUUAA